AUGUCCUCCUCUGCCGUCUCCUCGCCUCCCUUCCCCCUCCCACCUCUCCUUCUCGUCUCCCGAGCUUCCCUUUCUCCUCUGCCCCCCCUCCCCCCCUUGCAUCUACCUCCGCCCCCCUCGCGCGCGCAGGCCGUGGCGGACAUUAUCCGCACCACGUUGGGCCCGCGCUCCAUGCUCAAGAUGCUGCUAGACGCCACAGGAGGUGAGGUGCACGCCACAGGAGGUCACCUGAUUGGGUGGUGGGAUGGGGUGGUGGGAUGGGGUGGUGGGAUGGGGUGGUGGGAUGGGGUGGUGGGAUGGGGUGGUGGGGUGGGGUGGUGGGAUGGGGUGGUGGGAUGGGGUGGUGGGAUGGGGUUGGGUGGUGAUGGGGUGGGUGGUGGGAUGGGGUGGUGGGAUGGGUGGUGGGAUGGGGUGGUGGGAUGGGGUGGUGGGAUGGGUGGUGGGAUGGGAUGGGGGAUCGGGUGGUGGGGUGGGUGGUGGGAUGGGGUGGUGGCGAUGGGGUGGUGGGAUGGGGUGGUGGUGAUGGGGUGGUGGGAUGGGGUGGUGGGAUGGGGUGGUGGUGAUGGGGGUGGUGGGAUGGGGUGGUGGGAUGGGGUGGUGGGAUGGGGUGGUGGGAUGGGGUGUGGGAUGGGGUGGUGGGAUGGGGUGGUGGGAUGGGGUGGUGGGAUGGGGUGGUGGGAUGGGGUGGUGGGAUGGGGUGGCAUCGUGCUGACCAACGAUGGCAACGCCAUUCUGAGAGAGAUCGACGUCACGCACCCGGCUGCCAAGAUGCAUCUCCUCCCAAGCACCGGCCUCUCGACUCCUUUCCCUCGCCAGAUACAUCCCCUCCUCUCGCUGCGCCUUUCCCUUGCUAUUCACUCCACUCUGCAAGCCCGCUCAGCCGCCCCGGACAUGCCCUUCCUCUCACCCCUCACCUAUCCACUCUUCCAUUCCCUCCGUUUGUUUGAUGCCCGGCAUGCCACGUGUCACCACUGCGUGCUGCCAGCUGGCGAGAUGCUCCACGUGGCAGAGCCCUUCUUGGAGAAGGGCUUUCACCCCACCGUUAUCUGCAGAGCGUACACCAAGGCGUUGGACGAUGCCAUAGCGGUGAUCGACAAGGUGGCAUUCAAGAUCGACGUCAACAACAGGAAGCAGAUGCUGAGCAUACUGCAGAGCUGCAUCGGCACCAAGUUCACCACCCGCUUCGGCCCCCUCAUGGCUGAGCUAGCACUUGACGCGGUGCAAACGGUGGCAGUGGAGGUGGGCGGGCGCAAGGAGAUUGACAUCAAGCAGUACGCCAAGGUGGAGAAGGUGCCGGGCGGUCGGAUAGAGGACAGUGCGGUGCUGCGCGGUGUGAUGUUCAACAAGGACGUGGUGACUCCCGGCAAGAUGCGGCGCCGCAUUGAGAACCCGCGGGUCGUGCUGCUGGACUCGCCCCUGGAGUACAAGAAAGGGGAGAACCAGACGAACGUGGAACUGCUGAAAGAAGAGGACUGGGAGCAGCUGUUGAAGAUGGAGGAGGAGUACAUAGCGGGUCUGUGUCGCCACAUAGCAGCAUUCAAGCCCGACCUCGUCAUCACGGAGAAGGGCCUCAGCGACCUCGCUGCGCACUACCUCUCCAAAGCCGGCAUCGCAGCCAUUCGUCGCCUCCGUAAAACCGACAACAACCGCAUCGCUCGUGCGGUGGGCGCUACGAUUGUGAACCGAGUGGAGGAGCUGCAGGAGAGCGACGUGGGGACGGGCGCGGGGCUGUUUGAGGUGCGCAAGAUCGGCGACGAGUUCUUCGCCUUCCUCGUGGAGUGCAAAGAGCCCAAGGCGUGCACCGUGCUGCUGCGGGGGGCCAGCAAGGACAUUCUGAACGAGAUGGAGCGGAACCUGCAGGACGCCAUGGGAGUGGCGCGCAAUGUGGUGGUGGACCCUCGCCUCGUGCCGGGUGGCGGUGCCGUGGAGAUGACCGUGUCGGCUGCUCUCAAGGACAAGGCUGGCACCGUGGCAGGCAUUGAGCAGUGGCCGUACCGUGCAGUGGCGUCGGCGUUUGAGGUCAUCCCGCGCACGCUAGCACAGAACUGCGGAGUCAGCGUGAUCCGCACCGUCACUGCUCUGCAGGCCAAGCACGCACAAGGCGCCAACACGUCCAUAGGCAUUGACGGCGACACGGGCGCCCUCACUGACAUGAAGGAGCUCGGGCCUCCUCGCCUCCUCAAGCCCCUUCCUCACCUCCCCACGCACCUCUCCUCCGCGUGUAUGCUUCCGGUUGGGCAGCCGUGUGCAGUGGAAGGUUGGGCAGUUGUCCGUGCUCUUCCUCCUCGCAUCCCUUAUUGUUUCCCUGCCUCCCGCCUCUCCCUGCGUUUGCCAGGUGUGGCAGCAGACAGGGAAAUUGCUGAUGUGGUGUGGGAGCCGUACGCAGUGAAGGUGCAGACGGUCAAGACGGCCAUCGAGGCGGCGUGCAUGCUGCAUACCCUUGCAUGCAUUCCCCUCAUCCCCCCUCCCGCCCCUCCCCCCCCUACCCCCGGGCUGCCAAGUGUGUGGGAGCUGUAUGCAGUGAAGGUGCAGACGGUCAAAACAGCGAUCGAGGCGGCGUGCAUGCUGCAUACCCUUGCAUGCCUUUCUCUCAUCCCCUCCCUGCAUCCCUGCCUCCUUUGGCCCUGCCAGGUGUGGGAGCCGUAUGCAGUGAAGGUGCAGACAGUGAAGACGGCGAUCGAGGCGGCGUGCAUGCUGCUGCGCAUCGAUGACAUCGUCAGCGGGCUCAAGAAGAAGCAGGCGAGCGGCGCACCGGGAGGGGGCAAGCCGCAGAUGGACACGGGCGAUGACGUUGACUCCGAGCAGAUGCUGGCCGAGUGA